AUGUAUCCGCCGGAGGUGUACGAUGAGGCUGGGCCGUUUCAGAGGGCAAUUAUGGGGUUGAAUGUGGAGGUUGCGGUGAGGGUUAGUACGAAGGUCGUGAGACUUAUUAUGGGCCGGUUGAAGCGCAGUCAUGGGAUUACGGAUUUGCAGAUGCUUGAUGGUUCAAAGAUUCAAAUUGUGGAAAACUUGGCUGCGCUGAGUCGUGCUCGUAAACUCCAUUUCGCUGCUUUCGUCAAGGAAGAACAGAUUCUCGUCGUCUGGGCUGAUGCAGUCGAUGAGAUUGAGACGAAGCUAGCAAAGUUCGAGCAAGAUAUGAUCGCGCUAGUUUGGAAGGGAGGAAGUCUUGACAAUCUCGACCUCGAAGACGAGGAAGCAGGUAUGAUUCUCGAAGACCGUCCGUGGAUGUGGUAUUCGUCCAUGAUGGUCGGUAUGUCCGUCGCCGGAUGUGUCCUCUGUUUCGGUCUUUCCGUCAAAGAAGUCAUCAUCGAAAUCAUGCUCGACUUUUCCUACGCUCGUAUCGCACUUCUCGCGGUCUGGCCGGUUUACUGGUUCUUCGCUUUCUUCUUCGCGUUGUGCAUCGUUUUCGGUUUGUUCCGUCUGUUUGGGCCUAUUUCACAGGUUCACCAGAAUUCGAGGUAUUAUUCUGGAAAGCCACCGAAGCGCUUGCAGGGGGACUUGCCACACGUUUCGAUCCAGUGCCCCGUCUACAAGGAAUCAUUGGAUGGUGUUAUUGACCCGACCGUGAGAUCCAUCAAGGCUGCUAUCUCGACCUACGAGUUGCAGGGUGGUACCGCGUCUAUCUUCAUGAACGACGACGGUAUGCAAUUGCUCUCUGAAGAGGAUGCUGAAAUCCGGAGACUUUAUUACGAGAAGGAGAACAUUGGAUGGGUUGCUCGUCCCCCUCAUGGUAAAGACGGUUUCGUCCGCGCUGGUCGUUUCAAGAAGGCCAGUAACAUGAAUUUCGCACUCUCCCUUACCCUCGCCGUCGAGAAAGCCCUCGAAGAAAUUCCUCGUGACGGCGACUGGAGCGUCGAACGCGAAGCCAUCGCUUACAAAGAGGCCCUUAAAGACGCCGUCGAAGCAACCGGCGGUAAGGCCUGGGCCGACGGAGAUAUUCGUGUCGGAGACUACAUCAUGAUCAUCGACUCUGACACCCGUGUCCCCGAAGACUGCAUCCUCGACGCCGUUUCCGAAAUGGAAAUGGCCCCUGAAGUAGCGAUCCUCCAACACGCUUCCGGUGUCAUGCAAGUCGUGUGGAAUUACUGGGAAAACGGUAUCACCUUCUUCACUGACUUGGUUUACACUGCUAUUCAGUAUGGUUGUGCGAACGGUGAUAUUGCGCCUUUCGUUGGGCAUAAUGCGUUCUUGAGGUGGAGUGCGGUUCAGGAGGUUUCGUUUUAUGAUGAGAAUCAUGUGCAGAAGUUCUGGUCUGAAUCCCAUGUGUCUGAGGAUUUCGAUAUUGCGCUUAGGUUGCAGGUGAAUGGUUACCUCGUACGUCUUGCUGCGUACACGAAUGGUGGGUUUAAGGAGGGGGUGUCCUUGACUGUUCAGGAUGAGUUGAUGAGAUGGGAGAAGUACGCGUAUGGAUGUUCGGAGCUUAUGUUCAACCCGGUCUUUACUUGGUUCCGUCAGGGUCCUUUCACGCAGCUUUUCAAGGAUUUCGUGUUUUCGAACAUGAAGACCUACGCCAAGUUGGCCACGCUGGCCUACAUUGGAACCUACUACGCUAUUGCCUUCGGUUGGAUGGGAACGCUGAUGAACUACUUCAUCACCGGAUGGAUUCCGGGUACGGCUGAUCACUUCUACCUCGAUUCCUGGAAGAUCUGGUUCUCCGUCGCAAUUGUUUUCUCGCUCUUCGGUAACUUCACGUUGGCUGUUAUGCGUCACCGUAUGGGAACCCACAACUUCGUCUACUCCCUCUGGGAGAACUUCAAAUGGGUCCCCCUCUUCGCCAUCUUCUUCGGAGGUCUCUCCGUCCACGUCUCCUACGCCCUCAUUUGCCACAUGUUCUCCUUGAACAUUGGAUGGGGUGCCACCGCCAAGGAAUUGGAGGAUUCCAACUUCUUUGUAGAGGCGAAGCAGAUUGCCCGCGGUUUCAGGAACAUGUAUGUGUUCAGUUUCUUGAUGCAGGCGAUGAUUCUUGCGUUGGCGUUCUGGGUGCCGUUGCAGUGGAGGAUCACGAGUUGGGUGGCUAUUGUGCCGCUUGAGAUUACGUUGAUCAGUCAUAUGUUGUUGCCGUUGGUGCUCAACCCGUUCUUGAUGAACAUGACCUUCUAA